AUGGGUUUCCUAUAUGGAGAACUAUUGAAGGCAAAGAGAGAGAUCAACAAGGCCUAUGGCAAUGUUGAGUCCCGUUACAAAGAUGUUAUUGCUAACAUUGACAAGAAGAUGAAAGGAAGACUUGAUUCUCCUUUGCAUUUGACUGCCUAUCUGCUAAAUGCAUACUAUAGUUAUGGUAACCCAUCAAUCUUUGAUGAUGCCAUAAUAACAGAAGGAAUUAUCAGUUAUCUAGAGACUUUUUAUCAUCAUGAUGAGGAUAAGCAAGAUCAGGCUGCCAACACUGAACUAAAGAAGUUUCAGAAUAGAGAAGGACCAUUUAACAACAAGCUUGCAAAGACUUGUGAAAACUUUUAUUACAACCUAGCAUCUUGGUGA